UGGUUCGAUCUCCCUCUUCUCUGCUACGCUGCAACAAUGUCAAACCCUAGGGUUUUCUUCGACAUGACCAUCGGAGGCCAACCUGCGGGUCGCAUAGUCAUGGAACUCUUCGCCGACACAACCCCAAGGACCGCUGAGAACUUCCGAGCUCUCUGCACCGGCGAGAAGGGGGUCGGUCGCAGCGGCAAGCCCCUUCACUACAAGGGCUCCGCAUUCCACCGCGUCAUCCCCAACUUCAUGUGCCAGGGCGGCGACUUCACCGCCGGAAACGGCACUGGCGGCGAGUCCAUCUACGGGUCCAAGUUCGCCGACGAGAACUUCAUAAAGAAGCACACGGGUCCUGGGGUGCUGUCAAUGGCGAAUGCGGGUCCCGGAACGAACGGAUCUCAGUUCUUCAUAUGCACUGUGAAGACGGAGUGGCUUGAUGGGAAGCACGUGGUUUUCGGUGAGGUGGUGGACGGCAUAGAUGUGCUGAAGGAGAUCGAGAAGGUGGGUUCCGGCUCCGGCAAGACCUCCAAGCCCGUGGUCGUCGCUGACUGCGGUCAAAUCUCCUAGACAAUGCUUUUCCUUCUUUCUUUAUUUAUUUUGCUUUGAUUGCAAGUUUAGUUGUUAAGGUGA